AUGGAAUAUUCAUGUGUUGGAUUUAACGAUUUACCUGAUGAAAUCCUUAUGAUUAUUUUCAAAAAAAUGAACAAUUUUGAAGUGCUUUAUUCUUUACAAGGUGUUAAUCAACGAUUAAAUAAAAUUGUUCAAGAUUCGCCUUUUACAAGUCGUUGGACUUUUGUCAAAAGAUGCUCAGAUAAUUUUAUCGAUGUAUUUCGUUAUAAUAUGAUGUUUAAUCGAUUUUGUUCACAAAUUUUACCUGAAAUUCAUGAUAAAAUCAAAUGGCUUGAUCUUGAAUCAUCAUCUAUGAACAAUGUUUUAUGUGCUGUUGAUUAUCCUAAUUUAUAUGGUCUUGGCCUUUAUAAUAUUAAUGAAGAGUCAGCUCGAUCUCUUAUUACUGUACAAUGUUUUGAUGAUUGUCUUUAUCUUCUCGAUGGUCGAUUUAAUCAACUUCAUACACUCUGUGUUGAUUUGGUUCAUAUUAAUCAUCCAGAGGAAAUUAAAAAUCAAGGUGAUUUACCAAAUCUAAAGUGUUUUUCUCUGUCCUGUUAUUUAGCAAUAAGUUUUUACGAUGAAUUGAUCCUACCACUUCUAUAUCGAAUGUCAAAUCUAGAACAGCUUGGUUUGUAUAUUGCAACUACUAUGAAUACAACAUUUAUUGAUGGAAAUCAUUUAAAGAGAGAUAUUAUUAAUCGUAUGUCACUAUUAAAUCAAUUUACAUUUUAUAUUCAUUCAUUCAUAUUUAUUUCUAAUCAAUUGUAUUGUCCAUCAACAGAAAAUAUUCAACGCACAUUCAUUGACUUUCUAAAUAAUAAUAUAAUUUCUUAUGUUGAUUACUUUCCAGAAGCAAAACAAUGUCAAUGUCAUAUUUACUCUUAUCCAUCUUUUACGCCAUAUUACGACAAUAUUACAAAUAAUUUUCCAGGUGGAUUAUACAAAUAUGUUCGUGUAAUAUCAUUAUUUGAUGAAUAUCCUUUUGAACAUGAAUUUUUUCUUCGAAUUCAAAAAUCAUUUCCAUUUGUACAAGAAUUAAUUGUCAUUAAUUAUAAAUCAUAA